AUGGUCCAAGAAAAGAAAUCAGCAAUGUUUACAAAGGAAGAGGAAUUGCUUCUUCAAGAUUUCAACCGUAAUGUCUCGACAGGAUCAAAUAUGCUGUUUUAUGGUAGCGCCGCAAUUACAUCAGCUUUGCCAAUCUGGUUAUACUGGAGAAUUCAUCAAAUGGAAUUGCUUCCGUCAUUGAUUUUUUUCGUCGCAUUCACUGCAAUCAGCACAUAUUUAAUGGCUAUGGCAUAUAGAAACACUAAAUUUACUUUGAAACAUAAAGUUGCCGUAAAGAGGGAAGAUGCUGUUACUCGCGAAAUGACUCAAUUACUUGCUGAUGACAAAAUGUCCCGCAAAGAAAAAGAUGAGAGAAUUUUAUGGAAAAAGAAUGAAGUUGCCGACUUUGAAGCUACAGUUUUCUCUAUUUUUUACAAUAAUGCACUGUUUUUGGCUUUUGUAAUCUUCCUUAGCUUCUACUUAUUGCGUAGCAUCUCACCAACAUUUAAUUACAUGAUUACAAUUUCUGGAACCUCUGGAUUACUCGCACUUUUAUCCACAAGUAAAUCAUCAUAA